UAAUUAAAAUGAGUUAAGACGGUGAAGUGUAAUUUUCCGACGAGAAGAUUGUGACGAGAAAGUAUAGAAAUGAGCUUAGACUUGAACAGAGGUUAUGGUAGUGACGAACUUGUCGAAAACUUAAGUGGCAAUGUUAGUGAUUCCUUAGGUGAAAGGGAUGGAUUGGGUUACAGAAAUGCGGCUGUGGAGACUGAUAUUGAUGAUGGGGAGGGCGAAGAAGAUGCGGAUGGGGAGAUAGCCCGAUCCCAUGAAGGAAAUCUCGAACCACAAAGCGGAGAUGAUUCUAUAGAGGCAUUGAAGAAAGAAAUUAGAGGAGCGCCUUGAAGUAGGAAACGUUGUGGACAAUAUAGAGGAUGUGCAUGAGUUAUACUCCGAUUAUGCUCGUUUGUGUGGAUUUUCUAUGAGAAAAGGAACGCAAGGCUAUUUUAAACCAACUCGUGUUAUUCGCAUGAAGAUGUAUCACUGUUCGUGUGAGGGACCCCCAGAUAACAAACGCUCGGUUGGGCGUAUACCGGUGUGCAAAAAACAGUCGUAUAGGACAAACUGCAAGGCAAGGCUUCGUGUUUCGCGAGCGGGUAUUGAGUUUCCUUGGAAAGUGACCGUCUUUGAAAAAUAACACAACCACGAAUUGGUUCAUCCAAGUGAGAGUUAUUUGCUCCGAUCAGCGCGCAAGAUGUCAAGGACGAAGAAGAAUUUGCUUAUUUCUAUGCGUGCCAGUGGAAUUGGAGUUAGCCGCGCUUAUCGUUUUUUGGAGAACGAAGCUGGAAGUCGGCAAAAUGUUGGUUUCAUACGGAAGGAUGUAUACAAUGAACUGCAUCGUGAAAGUCGCAAUGUAUCGAAGAUUAACAACGGUGAUGCGAAUAGCUUAGUGCAGUAUUUCACUGAGAAGGGAAUGAGUGAUCCUUCAUUCUAUUGGAAGUUGAAGCUCAGUGAUGAAGGGAGGCUUGAACACCUGUUUUUUCGAGAUUGUAGGUACCUCAUAGAUUAUCAGCAUUUUGGGGACGUCGUAUCUAUUGAUGUUACUUACAAGAUGAAUAAGUACGACCUGAUUUGCGUCCCUAUUAUCGGAAUAAAUCAUCACAGAACAAAUGUGAUGUUUGGCAUGGGUUUCUUGUGUAAUGAGAAGACCGAGUCCUAUGAAUGGUUGUUUAGGACAUUCCUUGAAUCAAUGUACAAGAAACAGCCGGGUGUUAUAUUCUCGGACCAGGACAUGGCUCUUAUGAAUGCUUUGGACUACACGUUCACUGAAGCAUCACAUAGGCUAUGUCAAUGGCAUAUCAACAAAAAUGCGGUGAAACAUUUUGGUAAACUCAACCACGACCGUGAGUUCAAGACUUUGUGGUUUCGGUGUAUGAAGGGAUGCGAAUCUGAGGAACAAUUUGAAGAAUGUUGGCGACGUAUGAUCGAGGAGCAUAAUUUGUCGAAGAAUAAAUGGUUUUCUAACAUGUACGUUUUGAGGAAGCGUUGGUCUACGGCAUUCACAAGGGAGAAAUUUUCCGGAGGUUUACAUGCCACAUCUCGUAGUGAGGUGACGAAUAGAGUGUUGAAAGAGUUGUGCUCGUCCACGUCUUCAUUGCACGAAUUUGUUCUUGGGUUCGAGAGGAUGCAAAAGAAUUGGCGAACAAUAGAGUUGGAGGAGGAUACAUUUUGCCGAGGCAUUCCAGGUAUGUUUGUGCAACAUACACGCAUUUUAGUUCAGGUAGGAAAGGUUUGUACGAGGAAGGUUUUCAAGUCCUUUGAGUAUGAAGCCGUACAAUCAAUCUCCGUAAAUCUGACACAAGAGCCUCCCGAUUUGAAUGAUGAAGUUUUGGAGUUCAAGGUUGAGUCCAGAAGCUCUGUUACAGGUUACCGCUUGGUGAAGUUUAAUCAGAGAUCUUGAAUUGCGUCUUGUUCGUGCCAUUUGUUGGAGACCGAGGGGGUCUUUUGCCGACACCUUUUUAGAGUGUACUUUCAUUUGAACCAAAAUAAUGUUCCAGAUGAAAUGAUUUUGAGUCGGUGGCGGAAGGAUUCAAAGCAACGGUUAAACGUAUCUGCGAGUGUUUUCGAUGUUGGUGCGCCAAACAAGUUUAACAACAUGGUGUUUGUGCAUCACAACACCAAACGCGUGCAUGAUUUGCUAACUGAAAUUAAAGACGACAACAUUUGCCGGGAUGCGAUGAAUGAUUAUAUUGAGAAGAUGAUUGAUUCAGUGAAAAGUUUGAGACUUAAUUCCAUGGGACAGUCGGAAGGUAACAAUGUAGAACAAGUGUUGAAGGAACCCUUGGUUCGCCGGGUAAGCAACCCUAUAUUAAAGAGAAAACGUCCUUAUAGGCGUAUGCGUGUGAGCGGAGACAUGGAAACACCUUCAUAUGAUGGAGCAAGCAGUUCGAAAAGGGCAGUACAUGUGGAAGACGCUGAUGAAAGAAGAGUCCCUGAUUCUGAAGUGGGCAGCGAUGAAGAAUUUUUUCCCAGUUUUAAUGAGAACCAAGAUUGGUUCACCGUUGAUUAAAUUUAAUUCACAGACAUUGGUAUCUUGGCUUCCUUUUUGUAUUGUACCUUGAAUGAGCUAUUUCGUUUGGGACAUUUGUUUUGUAGAUUAUGGGGACAAAGUUUUUUGGUGGUUGGCUGAAAUUUAUUAAUUC